UAUCGAGAUCCCGUGGAGUAUCCCCGAAUAUCUUCAAGGACCGACAGACCCUAGUCUAGCCCAGACACGUAGGUCUGAUCCUUGACUUCACCUCUGUUUGCACCUCUUCGCCAAGCUAUGCUAUGAAAGGAUUUCUUCGCGCCGUCAUGACUUCGCUCUCUGCACCUCCCCGUGUGCCCAUCCCCGCCAACGGCGUGGACUAUCGUGGCAAGCUCGUCCUUGCGCCGAUGGUGCGAUCGGGUGAACUCCCAUCUCGUCUUCUUGCUCUCAGAUAUGGCGCCGACCUCGUCUGGGGGCCCGAGACGAUCGAUCGCGCCAUGAUCGGAACCACCCGUCGAGUCAACCCCCGCAACGGCACCAUCGAGUUCUUCAGACGCCCCUCCAACGGUGGGCGCACCGACAGACCCGUCUACGAUUCCAUCAUCUACCGCAUCGACCCGGUCCGGGAGAAGGGCAAGCUUAUCUAUCAGAUCGGGACGGCUUCGCCGGAGCUCGCUGUCGAAGCCGCCAAGAUCGUCGCCGGUGAUGUGGCCGGCAUCGAUGUGAACUCGGGAUGUCCCAAGCCGUUCAGCACCAGUGGUGGAAUGGGUGCCGCGCUGCUGCGUACGCCAGACAAGCUGUGUGCGAUCCUCGAGGCGCUAGUCAGGGAGGUCGGAAACCCCUUUCAAAUCGGUAUCUCGGUGAAGAUUCGCAUCCUUGAUGAACCCGAGAUGACGGAGCAACUGGUGACGAGACUGGUCAAGACGGGCAUUACGGGGCUGACUGUCCACUGUCGGACAACGCCCAUGCGACCCCGGGAGAGGGCCAUUCGGGACCAGCUGCGCAUGGUCGCCAACGUGUGUCAUGAGGCCGGCGUUGCGUGCGUCAUGAACGGCGAUGUGACCUCGCGCGACCAGGGUCUGGCCCUAAUGGAAGAAUAUGGUGUGGAUGGCGCAAUGAUCGCUACUUCCGCCGAAUCCAACUCUUCCUGCUUCCGCACUGAAGCCGAAGGCGGCCUCCUGCCGUGGAAGGACGUCGUCCACGAAUACAUGAGAUUUUGCAUGGAAUCCGAGAACCGCUUCGGCAACACCAAGUACCUACUGAACAUGAUGAUCCCCGGCAGGGACAAGGAAUUCAAGGCCGCCAAGAACGCCAGGACCUACUGGGAUUGCUGCCACCUCAUGAAAUUCGAUGACCUGCUGCCUCUUGCCAAGCAGGUGGACGAGGUCCUCAACAUCGCGGACAGAUCCGUCUACAAUGAGGAAGCCCGUAAUAAGGCCGUUCAGAAUGCCCUCGAGAAUAACGACACUGCUCGUGCGGCUGGCGGUGCUCCUCGCUCCAAGCCCACCUCGCCCGUCGUUGCUGCUGCUGGAGGCCCCAUCCGCACCAACUCCAUCCCGAAGCCCGCGCCAAAGCCAGAGACUACAGCGGGUAUCGAAACCACUGUGCCCGAGCAGACGACUCAGCAGCCAGAGCUUGCGGCGUAAACCCGUCAGCCCAUUCCGGCCAUCUUCCUUGCUUUCUCUUUUUCUUCAUAUACAUAUUCGCAACUGGUGCAGGGAACCCGGUUAUCCAGUUUCCUUAUCGUCAAAAUCUCUUCAUUCUCCUGGUCUUUUGUGUCCAGGCCGCAUUAUCCUGGUGUUCAAGUACUGGUUUUGGUAAUUCGGAGGUUCUUAUAGAUUCCCAUGGUGUUUCAUUCAUGUCUUUCCCCGCACAUACAUAUCUGCAAUUUCUUCUCAAGUAAUAAGUCUACAUACACGGCCAAUCAACCCCAUCAAAAUAGAUAGAAAGGAAAAGUUAUUCAAUUAUCGA